UAUAAAGGUAGAGAUUUGCAGAGACAUCAUCAGUUUAAAAACUAAACGCUCGAGAGAAAAAUGUUUUGGAAUAAAGCUUAUUGUUUCGUUUUAAUUCUUUGCUAUGGUACCAGCUUUGGUAACUCACAGGCCACACCCAGUUUGCCCACUUUAACGGAUUUGGAAUUGAAAGAGCUAUGCCAAGGACUUGAAUUUCAAUUUGUUGCACAUCCCUCAAUCCAGCAAAAUUACAUCAUAUGUGUACCAGGCGCUGGUGUCGAAAAAUCGUGUGCUGCAAGCGAAUGCUUUGAUGAACGUAAUCCACCCUGUUCCACAACCUGUAAUGCAAACACAAAUGUGGCCGAUCAGAAAACCAAAGACUAUUGCAAUGAUGACGAUACCCCCUUAUUGGAUCGUGUGUCUAAUGACAAAGAUUGUGAAUCCUAUUACUUGUGUGUGGGUAAAAAUAUCGAUCCGCUUUCACAAAAAUGUCCACCUAAUCAACACUUUUCCGAAAAACACAAUACUUGCAUGAGCUAUCAUGAAGCCAAUUGUGAGGCCAGCUCGAAAUGGUGUAAAAAGCGAAAAGAUAAUACACGUUUCCCCAAGGACAACUGCUAUGAAUAUUAUGAGUGUGAAAAUGAACUGGCCCUUACAAAAUCCUGCGCGUACAAUGAACACUUUGAUAGAGAUUUGGGUAAAUGCGUGAGUGGCAUGUGUGAAGAUGAUAAGAGAGUUCCGGAUUGUAAGAAUAAACAUGAUGGGGUUCGUGUGGCCCAUGCUAAAUGCUAUAAGUAUUUUGUGUGCCUAAAUCAGUCGUUAUAUGAGGCCCAAUGUGCAUCGGGUUACUAUUACGAUGGCGAUCGUAGUGUGUGUGUAAGGGAUGUUAAUAAUGUUUGUAAUGACGAUUAAAUAAAUAAAUUGUGCAGAACAACCCAGCAAAAA